CAUCACCGACAGCUUCUCUCUGUUCCCCUUCUUCACCUGCACCUUCAUCUCUUUGCCAUCCCCUGGCCACCGCAUACAGCAUCCACGACGCCCAAUCGCUACGCGUCCAGGAUUGUUUCCUACACCGACAACGCAACCCGGACGACGCGCCUCGCGCGACGGGCGAAUGGCUUGCGCUGAAGUCGCCGUUGUCAUCGUCUCCCACGCCACUGGCACCGUCCGCUCCUGAAGAAGCAACGACACGGACCGCCACAUCACACCACGUCACUCGCCCCCCCGCCCUCGGCACCGUCGGGACCCCGAGAGAGCCUCAUCGCGCGCACAUUUAAUCUUCAGCGCAGUUCCCCGUUGCCCAUCGCCCAGCCCGCGCGCGCGCGCGACCCAGCAGCUCCCGGCGCACCACGCGGAGGGAUGCAGCCGGCAAAGGGGAAGACGGAGCCGCAUGGACGCAAGGCCAAGGUGGGAGCCGCCUGCACCGUCCCGGACCCCACGAGUCUUGCUAACGCGCGCUGCCGUGUCCAGCUUGCCAAUUCGUACCAGCAAUUGUUGGAGUUCGUACCGUCCUCCCCUGGCCCCCUUUCUCUGUCUGCCCCGACGCGCGCCAGCUAACCUCUCGCAGCGAAUUCUCGACCAACGAGCUCCGAUCUGUCGGCAACUAUACCCUCGGCCGCCUGAUCGGAAAGGGCUCCUUUGGCAAGGUGUACCUGGCUUCGCAUAAGCUCACCAACGGCUCCAAGGUUGUUCUCAAGUCGGCGCACAAAGAUGACUCGAACCUCGCCCGUGAAAUACAUCACCACCGGCAAUUUGUGCACCCGCACAUUGCGCGGCUGUACGAGGUCAUUGUGACCGAGUCGCUAGUCUGGCUCGUGUUGGAAUAUUGUUCCGGUAGGACAGCAUACACACCAACACCCCUCCCCCGACGUGCGAGAUGUGGCUGACACCAGACAUGCCGUAGGCGAUGAACUCUACAACUACCUCCUCGAGCAUGGGCCGCUGCCCGUCAACAAGGUCCAGAAGAUAUUCGCGCAGCUAGUCGGCGCCGUCGCCUACGUCCACAUGCAGUCGUGCGUCCAUCGAGAUCUCAAGCUCGAAAACAUACUUUUCGAUAAGCAUGAAAACGUGAAGCUCGUCGACUUUGGCUUCACCCGCGAGUACGAGGGCAGGACGAACCACCUCCAGACAUUCUGCGGCACGAUAUGCUAUGCAGCCCCCGAAAUGCUGCGAGGCGAAAAGUACGCCGGCGAAAAGGUUGACGUCUGGAGCCUGGGCAUCAUCCUGUACGCUCUGCUCUGCGGCGAGCUGCCGUUCGACGACGACGACGACAAUGUGACCCGCACCAAGAUCCUGUCCGAGGAGCCCCCAUACCCGGACCACCUCCCGGCCGACGCCGUUCCUCUGCUCAAGUCCCUCCUCUCGAAACGACCGUUUCCCCGCCCGGCACUGGACGAGAUUCUCGCCCACCCGUUCUUGGCUGAGCAUGCAGCUCCCCAGCAGCAUAUUCUCAAGGUCAAGACGCAGCCGCCAUUUUCGACGGCGCUGGAAAAGGACUGCCUGCAGCGGAUGCGCAGCGCUGGCGUCGACAUUGAUGCCGUCAUCGAGAGCGUGCUGGCGCAAAAGUGCGAUGCAUUGUCUGGCUGGUGGAAGCUACUGCUCGAAAAGGAGGAGCGCAAGAUGCUCCGGCGAGAAAAGCGGCGAAAAGAAAAAGAGACGGAGCGAAGUCUUCGCCGGCUUUCGGCGGCGUCGAGUCGGCUGGAGCGCAUGGCGCCCACGCUGCAGAAUGUAGACGAAGACGGUGGCCUGACCAGCCAAUUCAUCCGGCUGGGCGAGUCCAGCAGCUCUAGAAGGGGGAGGAGUGAGCGUAGGAGUGCUCACUACCAUCCCGACUUUGCCAUCUCCGACCUUCCCCAGCUGCCCGAAGCCAACAGAGAAAGCGGAACGUCGUACGAGGACAUGCCACCAACGCCGAUAGACAAAGACUCGAUCCGUUCUGUCUCCACGUCCCGCCAUCGUCGACCGAUACCGCCUCCAAAGGAGGGCAUACUGCGCAGUGCGAGAUCUAGAGGCUCCACUCUCCACCUUGUCACCACGUCGGAGACGAUGCUCAAGGAGCAAGACGCAGCAGGGAACCAGAACCGGCAGCAGACGACCGGGCAGAAGACGAAGAAGAAGCCAAGCGAGGCCAUCAUUGCCCACUGGAAGCACUGGACGCACUGGCUGCUCGAGAACACGUCGCGGAGGCGCAAGGGGCACGAGAGGCGGACGAGCCGCAGCACCCCCAACCUGCACAGGAAGGAGUCAAGCGCCCGCAGCAGCAAGGAUGCCAGCCCCCGGCCGCAGACGAGCAAGUAUCCCACCGCGGGGUCGCCCGCGCAGGCUACGGUGUCGCUCCCCAAGAGCGUCGUGGCCAACGGCCAUGCGUCGAAGGGAACUCCAGCGCAGGGCAGCUACGUUCAUAGAGGGACCACGACGUCGCGGUCCUCGUCGCUAUCGACGACGGCCCACGCCCAUCAUCCCCGACCGCGCGUUGCCACGUCGCAGUCCUAUAAGAGACAGUCGCUGUCGCCGUCGCCGCUGACCCCCCGUUCGACGAUUCGCCGUUCCUCGGCGGGCUUGCGUGGGAGGAAAUCUACUUCCUCGUCCAUCUCAUCGGUGCGUUCAAUGCACCAUCACCACCAUUCCCACUCCAAAGCUUCGUCGACAAGCUCCGCGGGAUCCGUCUCGACGUGUAAGACGCCACUUGGCCGCGGUCACUCGCCGCACCACUCCGUCAAAGUCCUCCCUGCGACACCAACGACGACGUCGUUUCCAUCCAACAUUCGGCUUGUUCUUGGAUCGCCCGCGCCGCCGCCCCUGCAGCUCUACAACGAGGGCAUGCCUAGCAACCAACCGCAGCCACCAGGGUCGCCGAACCCCUUCUCGUCGGGCGUUUUGUUCGCGAAGCGAAAAAAGAACAUCUUCAAAGGGCCGACGCUGAAUUUUGGCGGUGGCUUUGGAAUGGCCAGCGGUAGAAGUGCAUCGGCACACUCCCGAAGCGGCAGCGGUUCGGCGCGCGGGCGCCCAUCUGGUGAGAUCACGAUACAAGAAGAGGAAGAAGACGAAAACGCCGUGGCAGAAGAUCCGGACGAAGACAUUGAAGAGGUGGAUAUGUUUAACCCCAUUGUCGGCGGUCCGGGCGAAACGAUUGAAGAGCAAAUCAUCGAAGAUGAGGACGAAGAGCCGACGUUUACGACGAAUGUGAACAGCCCGACCUUUUCCAAAAACGACGAGGGGCCGGCGGCGCCAGAGGCGAAACUGGUGGCCUGAGAUGGCGAUACCCCAUUACAUAUACACGGAGAUGGCUUUGACGUGUGCAGCUUUUUUAUUCUUCAUGUCUAAACUUUUUGUGCGAACGCAGGACGGGAGGAAGAGCAGAUACCCGUCCACGACUCGUGGAAGAGCGUGCGAUAGGACCUUUGUACGAGUUAUCCGUGGUGUGCGUAUCCGCGCUCUGGGUUCAAAGCGAUGCUCAAGCGCGGCUUCUUGGUCGCGGAAGUUUUAGAGGCGAAGCGUGCCUACGAUACAGACCGGACGUCGACUACGGAGCGCGGGAAUCGAGAGCAGCAAAUGUAUAAAUCACUCGUUGAUGGGUAUAGUUAUGCGACCUAGAUAUCCCGGUAACUCCAAUCCAAGCGUGUCUGAG